AUGCCUCAAGCUCAGCCAGAAUUGAAAAAGUACAUGGAGAAGCGGGUCUUCUGCGAACUGAACGGCAACCGCAAAGUCAUUGGUAUUCUCCGUGGUUACGAUGUCUUCAUGAACAUCGUCCUUGAUGAGGCAUUUGAAGAGAAGGAAGGUGGAGAGAAGGUGGCCAUUGGCAUGAUCGUCAUUCGCGGUAACUCGGUCGUGAUGCUCGAGGCUCUCGAGCGCAUAACCGACAAAUAA